AUGAGUAAUCAUAACACAGGUCAUGGACCAGUUGUAGUUGAACAAUCAACAGCAACUGCCGCACCUAUUCAUGAUGUUGUACAAGUAUCACCAACAAUACAAUCAACACCAUUAGAUGAACCACCACCAGCAUAUGAAAUCAAUCCAUCAUCAAACAAUAAUGUUAUCAUUAUUGAAAAUGGAGAUAGUGCCACAAUAGGUGGAGUUAUUGAAGCACCACCACCAUAUUGCCUUGUUGAUCCAAGUAAAAUUCGUAAUUUGGAUCAUUUACCGCAUUAUCCACAUAUAUCACCUGUAGAAAUCAUUGAUCUCAAUGGAAACAGUAAUCUUGGCAAUGACUUAUCCUCACGCCAUGUCAAUCAAGCAGCUAUUGCAGCUUGGCUUUCAUCAGGUUCAAAUAUGGAUAUUGGUACUGAUUGUACAUUUUUAAUGGCAUUUAUUAUUGCAUUCUUUUUCAAUUGGCUUGGUUUUCUUGCUGUUGUUUGUCUUAUUCCAACAAUAGCCGCUCGUUUUGGUGCGAUGUCUGGUUUUGGUUUAAGUGUUGCAAAAUGGAUAACCGUCAUGCGUUAUCAUGAAUUUAACAAUAACCCAUAUAUGGGAACUAACAAUGUAUCAGCAACAUAUCAUCGAACACCAGUUCAUGAUCCUGCACAAAAUUUUGUCUUUGCUAUUGUUUUAUUUGCUGGAUUUUUUCUUUUUGUUCGUGGUUUAAUAUCAUAUAUUGCAGUUAAAAAUCGUGCAAAUCAACAUGGACAAUCAGCAGAUGUUUUUAAUUGGUACUAA